AUGGGAGAUAUAUCGAAGAAGCCAGAGUUUGUUUUCGUGCCUGGAGCAUGGCAUAGCCCAGAAUCCUUUAAACCCACCACAGAUAUCCUUGCAGCGAAGGGUUAUAAAGUUCACGGCAUUUCCCUAAAAUCUGUGGGUGCAUCUCCUCAUCUCGAAAAUUCUCAGCCAGAUGUCGAAACAAUCAGGAACAAAAUCGACUCUCUCCUCUCCACGUCCACUCCCCUGAUUCUUGUUUACCACUCUUACGGCGGAGUAGUCGGCUCGUCGGCCUUAGACACCUACAUCGCCACCCUCUCCCCCUCAACCACCCCCUUCUCUCCUACUGGCCUGAUCCGCCGUUUGGUUUACAUCGCGGCCUUCUGCCUUCCCAAAUCCGUGUCUUUAAUGGGUGCUCUGAAUCAUAGUCCCCUUCCCUGGUUUUCCAUUUCCCCAGAUUCCAGAGCUGUCACUUGUUCAGAUCCUUAUGAAAUCUUCUAUAACGAUAUCUCCAGAAAUGAAGCACAAAAAUAUGUGGAGGUGCUGAAGGAACACAGCUACAAGACUUUUGAUUCGCCGGUGACUACGGAGCCGUGGAGAUACAUCCCGAGUACGUAUGUUGUUUGUGAAGAAGAUAAGGCGAUUCCUUUGGAAGCGCAGUUGGGGAUGAUUAGGGGAGCACAGGAGAUUGCUGAGGGGAGCUUCGGCACGAUCGAACGUACAAACGUCGGCCAUAGCUCAUUUAUAAGCCAACCGGAAUGGCUGGCUGAAAAAUUAAUAAAAGCCGCUGAAAAUCCUAUUUGAUAUAACGUAUGUGGGAUUUUAAGCAGGUAAUUAGAUGGCAUUUUGGAAACAUAGCUAUAAGAGGUGAAGAAGGUCAGUGCCGAAGAUAGCUCGGCGGUUUGAUGUGGACUCAAAUUUCAGAGAGUUAUUUUGGAAAUCGGGGUUUGUGAAAUGGACUUGAGACUUGGUGUUUUCGUUAGACGAUAUAUUAUGAACAUGAGAGAUGUUGAUUGCAUGUUUUUCUACAGUGCACUGUAUUAUACCAGUACACCAGUUCAAUAACAUAAGAAUAAGUAGAUAGUGAUCGUUCUCUAUGCAAGCGAAA